UUUGACAGCAGGGUCUCAUAUGUGUCUUUCGCAAAAUGUUGGUCGUUCCUGAAAUAUGUUGACCGCCGAACUUGCGGUUUGGAGUGAAGUUAAUCAAGGAGACGCGUACGGUUGGCCUGGUACCAAGUUCUGCAACUCCCAUCCUUCCGCUUGUACUUCAGUCCAGGUUGGUUCUGACCACUGUCGACACCAUGACCACCAUUGGAAACAUGCAGACCUUCGAGGUGGUGAUGGACCGUCUGCCGCCCGUGUAUCACCCGGGAGAAGUGGUCGGUGGGGAGGUCAAGUUGGAGCUGAACCAAAGUAUGAAGCUCAAAGCGAUCAAAGUGAUCUUCCAGGGGCAGGCAUCGGUGGAAUGGGACGAGCUGACCUGGACAGACAUGCCCAAAAUGGCGGGAACGGAGGUCUAUCUUGAAGAGACCAAGACAAUUUUCAGUGCAGCAGGAGCCUUCAGCAAAAGUCUACUGGGUCCGCUGGGAUCGUCCCUAAAGAAAGGUGCACAUUCCUUCCCGUUUGAGUGCACCCUCCCAACAGACGUCCCUCCGACAUUCAAGGGCGAGUUCGGUACAAUAAAGUACAAGGUGCAAGGCGUUAUAGAGAGGCCGUGGAACAAGUCUAACUACGUGUCACAGACACAGUUCGCGGUACAGGACGUCUGUGAUCCGAGUACGGACAGAGGAUAUCGGACGCCAUCCGUGGCUUCCAAAGACAAGCAGACGACUCGGUACUGCGGGCUGGUGUCCAGGUCGGUGGAGCUGGAGGCGCGGACGGACCGCGGCGUGUACGGCCCGGGGGACCAGGUGCAGCUCACCGUGCACAUACGGAACCAGUGCGGCUGCAGAAUCACACACACCAAGGCUACUCUCACCCGGGACAUUAUUUACCGAGGGAAGCUGAAGAGGAAGGGGAGUCGGAAGCUGCAGAAGAAGCAGGUGGCAGACGUGGUGGUGAGUACGCGGGGCCGGGGCGUGGACCGCAGGCAGAACAUGCAGUGGACCGAGCCGCUGGCCAUACCCAUAGAUACUCCCGUCACGCUGAAGAACAGCAAACUUAUCUCCGUGGAUUAUGAACUAAAGGUUUCAGCGAAGGCAUCCGACCCCAGAUACGACUUGGACGUUUACAUUCCACUGAGAAUUUCCAACUUCCCCGAUGACAUGGGCUUCCCCGGUCAGCUAACAGACAUCCCAUCUCCUCUACCCUCCAAUACAAGCUUCCGCAGCCCACGGGGGAUGUCCCCUCUCUCUUCCAACACAAGUCUCCCCACCCCUGGGGCUACUAGCUGGACGUCUGAUAGGAGCAGUCUGUCUCGCGACACGCGGUGGGGAUCGCCAGAGGGCGCAGCUGCACAGCCUGCUGAGGCAGAGGAACCUCCACCUUCAUAUGAUGAGUGUAUGGCUGCGGACACAACCACCACAGCAUCACCACCCAAGAAACGAAAAGCGCCACCUGCACCAUCUAGAAUAUGAAACAUGCUAUCCCACGGACUUCUUGAAUUCUAUUUAUACGACAAACGUAUAUUACUUUUGUAAGGGUUCGACCAUUUACUGGAAAGCACCACAAUACAUUAAUGAAUAAAGAUUGAUGAA